CAGAAACUGAACUGCUGAUCUGGACGCCAUCACUGGAAUGGCUUCAUCCUGUCAUUUCCUGCCUGAAGAGCAGUUCCAGUGCUCUAUAUGUCUGGAUAUAUUUACCGACCCAGUGUCCACUGCAUGUGGACACAAUUUCUGCAUGAACUGUAUUGGAAAAUAUUGGGACAACAGUGAAGUGUGUCAGUGUCCACUGUGUAAGGAGACAUUUUACAGAAGACCUGUCCUCCGUGUUAACAAAAGCUUUGCGGAAGUCAUUGAACAUUUCAGAGAGUCAAAAGAUAGCAAUUAUGAAGAACUCUCUGCUAAUCCUGGAGAAGUUCCCUGUGAUUUCUGCACUGGAAGAAAACUGAAGGCUGUGAAAUCAUGCCUGGUGUGUCUCACGUCAUAUUGUUCAGUUCACAUCAAACCACAUUACAAUGUUGUUAAAUUAACAAAGCACAGGUUAAUUGACCCAGUUUGCAACCUUGAGGACAGGCUAUGUGAGAAUCAUGAGCGACUCCUGGAGCUGUUCUGCAAGACUGACCAGACCUGCAUUUGCCAUUUCUGCACUGAGUUAGACCAUAAAACACACAAUGCUGUUCCUUUAGAGAAGGAAUGCAGAGAGAAAAAGGUUGAGUUGGGAAGGAUUGAGGCAGAAGUACAACAGAUGAUCCAGGACAGACUGAUGAAGGUGGAGUAUAUCAAACAAGAAUUGGACUUCAGCAAACACUAUGCACAGAAAGAGAUUGAGGAUAGUGUGUGGAUCUUCACUGCACUUGUGAGCUGCAUUGAGAGAAGCCAGGCUGAGCUCAUUAAGCUGAUUGAGGACAAGCAGAGAGCAGCAGAGAGGAGGGCUGAAGAGACCAUUACAGAGCUGGAGCAGGAAAUCACUGAGCUAAAGAAGAGAAGCACUAAGCUGAAGCAGCUCUCCCACAGUGAGGACCACCUCCACUUUCUACAGAGUUUUCCAUCCCUUUGCUCCCCUCCACACCUCAAGGACUGGUCUGACAUAACUGUUCCCUCUGACCUCUGUCUGGGGGCUGUGAGGAGAGCCAUGUGUCAGCUGGAGGAAACAGUCAGAGCUGAAGUGAAUAAGCUGUCAGAAAGGGAGUUUGAGAGAGUGUGCAAAUAUGCAGUUGAUGUGACUCUAGAUCCCAAUACAGCUCAUCCCUGGCUCAUCCUGUCUGAGGACGGGAAACAUGUGAGAGAUGGAGACACACGACAGAAUCUUCCUGACAAUCCAGAGAGAUUUAGUUCCUGUGUCUGUGUCCUGGGAAAGGAUGGUUUCACUUCAGGGAGACAUUACUGGGAGGUGGAGGUGGGGGAGAAGACUAAGUGGGAUUUAGGAGUUGCUAGAGAGACUAUCAAAAGAAAGGGUCAGAUCACACUCAACCCUCAGAAUGGUUAUUGGACUCUGCGUCUGAGGAAGGGUAAUGAAUAUGAAGCUCUUGCUGGUCCCUCUGUACUCCUCCCCCUAAGGAAGAAGCCCCGGAAGGUGGGGGUAUAUGUGGAUUAUGAAGAGGGGGUGUUAUCCUUUUACAAUGUGGAGGCCAAGGCUCAUAUCUACACUUUCACUGACACUUUCAUUGAAAAACUCUAUCCAUACUUCAGUCCAGGUCUCCGUCAAGGAGGUACAAACACAGUCCCCCUGAUCAUCUCUCCUCCCAAUCACACACACUGAAUGAAGCAAAUGAUCUGUAGGAGGAGCAGCAAAAAUAAUUCCCAGUACCAGUACCAUAAAUGAUGAUUUAUGAUUUUAAAAUCAUUUAAACCACAGGGAAUUUAUAAAGGUUUUUGGACUUCCGAGCCACAGGGAGUGAUAUGUGGUUUAAACGGUUUCUAAAAACAUAAAAACUAGAACACAUUAAAACUUUCUUUUUCUGGUUAGUAAAGUAGCUUAUAAUUCUGUAUAAAAUUCAAUUCAAUAAAAUUCAAAAAC